AUGUCCGAUCCAGCCCUCCCUCAGGGCGUCCAACGCGUAUUGAAAAUAAUCGUUAUAUCUGACUAUAUAUGUGCCUUCUGCUAUAUCGGUAACAAGGUCCUCUACGACGCCAUCGAGGCAUGCAGGGACCUCCCCGUCCGCUUCGACGUCGAGUUCAGACCAUUCGCAUUACUCUGUCCAACAUCCCCAAAUGUCGACAGGAAACCUUCCCGGAAGGAAUAUCUCUUCAAGAAGUUCGGCCAGGAGCAGGCAGAAGCGAAGUUGAAAGUGGUCUACGAGAUGGCACAGAAAGCAGGCCUGGAAAUGCCAAACUUGGCACACAGACUCGCUGUAAAAGCAUACCAUGUUGGCGGACAAGACAUGCAACGGGAAUUCAACGACAUUAUCUUUAAAGCGGCAUUCGCAGACGGAAGAGACAUCAGUGAUCCUGAUUUCCUAGUCGACACAGCUGCGCGGGUCGGCCUCAUGAACAGAGAAAAGGCCUCAGAGUUCCUGAGGUCGACAGAGUGUCAGGACUGCGUAGACAAGAUGAUCGAUGCUGCCAAAGCAAAUGACGUGAAAGGCGUGCCAUUCAUCAUCAUCGACGGGAAAUGGGCGUUGAACGGCGUUCAACCCAAAGAAUGCUACAUCCAGGCUAGUCUGCCGUUUCAGCUCCUUGAAUAUCUUCCGCAAAUUGGCACUACCACCCGAGCCCCUGACACCAGUGGGAACACCACGAUCGUGCAGCGACUGCAGACCCCCGGUCAACUCGCCCCCUCUUCCCGUACAAUGACUUCCUUCCUGCUGUGCCUCCUUGUCUUUCUCCUGUUUGCCUAG